GCGAGCCGCCGUGGCGGAAACACCGGCGCGAUGUCUGCUCCCUCGGCCCCGCCCCGCACGGUGAUCUGCGUGGGCGACGUCCACGGCUACAUCACAAAGCUGGAGAGCCUCUGGUCCAACCUCCAAUCCGCGCUCCCCGCCGACGCCUUCGCCACCGCGCUGGUGAUCUUCCUCGGCGACUACAACGACCGCGGUCCGCACACCCGCAGGGUCCUCGACUUCCUCCUCUCGCUCCCGCAGCGCCACCCCGCGCAGCGCCACGUCUUCCUCUGCGGCAACCACGACCUCGCCUUCGCCGCGUUCGUCGGGGUCCUGCCGCCGCCUCCCGACGGCUCCCCCUUCUCGGCCACCUGGGACGAGUACCUCCACAACGAGGAGCACGAGGGGUGGUUCCGCGGGCCGGGCUACGAGGGCAUGCACGUGCAGGGGAGGCGGUGGGGCGGGGUCAUCAAGGAGAGGUGGAACCCGAAGAAGGGGCUCCCGUACAGGGGCUCCAUCUACGACGCGCAGCCCACCUUCGAGUCCUACGGCGUCGCCCAUGGUUCCCCUGAUCUUGCAAAGGCUGUGCCAGAGGAGCAUAAGAGGUUUCUGCGUGACAUGGUUUGGAUCCAUGAAGAGGAAAAUGUGCCCAUUGAUACGGAUGAAGGCCAAGUCAUUUGCAAUCUAAUUGCAGUUCAUGCUGGCCUAGAGAAGUCCAUAGAUUUGAAUGAGCAGCUUAGAGUCCUAAGAACUAGAGACACAAGGGUGCCAAAGGUUCCAAUGCUUAGCGGGAGGCAGGAUGUUUGGAACACACCAAAGAAUGCUUUUUGCUGUAUCAUGCAUUUCAGCACAGUGGCCCGCAUGGAUCUGACUGGCAAGCAUACCAUCGUUGUCAGCGGUCACCAUGGGCAGCUCCACAUGGACGGCCUCCGAUUCAUCAUCGAUGAAGGCGGUGGGUAUGAAGACAAACCUAUAGCUGCUAUCAUUUUUCCCUCGAAGACAUUGAUCAGAAGCACGGAGGGAACCACAUCACAGGGUUGAUCUGGAUGUCAUGAUCAUGAGCAGGGAGGUGCAGCUUUUUCCCCUCUUGCUAGUUGCUACUGCCUGUGGUCAUGUGUCAUAUGUCAAACAAAUAAUAGGUGCAACGGCGAUAGGAAAUAAGAGGUUUGAGGUCCAGGCCUGCGUUUUGGCAUGUAUGGUCACUACUGUGAACUGUAAACUGUGUUAUACUAUACCUUGACACCGUCAACCUGGACAAGAAAAUCUCCCAUCCCUGUCA